AGAAAAUGGCCUAAAAAACCGGCAAAGGACAAGAACUUCUUAGAUACAGAAGAAAUUAAGAAAAUACACUAUUCUUGCGACUGUAGUGGAAAAAGAUAAACUACUUCUACCCAAUAUAAAGAUAUUCUUAAAAUGGCUGCGUACAGCGUGCAGUAAAAGAUUGAUCAAAAAAACUAAAGAAAAAAUGUUUUCCUGCAGAACUAACGCUAGAAGAACUACCGACGCUGAAAGAAGAUGGAUUAGAAUUUACCAAAUAGAAUGCUACCUCCAGGAAAUGACAUGUCUAAAGAUUGGUAACGAAAUUCCAAAGAAAAUUACAAUUUAUUCACUAAACCCUAGUUUAGAAGAUGGAAUACUCGUUUUGAAUGGAAGAACCGACUUAUUCAUCAUCAUCAUCAUCUGAAUUAGGGCGUGGUUCAAAGCCCACUUGUACUGAAGCUCUAGGCUUAUUGUACCCCUGACAGUUUCUAUCCCAUCAGAUUGAUUUUCUUGAUGAAUUCAAGAAUAUGUCGCGAUUUCUUCAGGUUCCGGAUAUUGUACCCGACUUAUUAAUCCACAUGGAUCGUCCCAAGCAACAUUAUUGAAGAUUUCUUGUGAAACACUAUCAUGAGUAAUGUCGUCACUUUGGGGUGGAACUAGUAUUAAACCAAUUAAGACAAAAAUAUUGGAUUGUAAAUAGAAGAACAACUGUUAAAAGAGCUUUUUCAAAAUGUUUAGUAUGCAGACAACCCAAGAUGCUUCUUAUGGGACAAAUACCUUUUACAAGAUUGAGUCGUGAAGUAAGGGCCUUCGUGAACACAGGCAUGGAUUAUUUCAGACCUAUCUAUGUUGAAGUGAGCAGAAGAAAAAAGAAGAGGUGGGGAGUCAUUUUUACGUGCAUGGCAGUUCGAGCAGUACAUCUUGAGGUAGCUCACACACUAAACACAGACCUCACACCAAUGGCGAUUACACAAUUCGUUGACGGAAGAGGUAAGCUAGCCCUAAUACCAUGUGACAACUUGAAAGCAGCAGUUAAACAGCUGGGAAUUGGCAUAAAGGACGAAAAGCUGACAGAUUCCAUGACAGCAAAGGAAAUUGUAGUUGUUUUUACUCUUAAUAACCCAAAUUUAAGUGAAUUUUUAAUAUGUAUAAUACCAAAACUGCAGGGUUGAGGUUUCUAGAGCCGUUUUUUGAUUAACUGUUUAAAUAAAAUCCAAUAAAUAGGGUAUCAUAAGAAAAUAAAUUGUUUGUCCUUUAAAAUAUUUACCUCUUCUCUCCCACUUUUCCCACUUUAAAAUUUUAAAGGUGUGAUUGUCCCCACCAAGGGGUUGAAGACGCGGUUUAAAAAAUAUGCUUCAAAUGCGUCCCUUUAUAAGCAAAAAUCGAUGUGUCCGAGCAUUUGUUCAUUAAAUUUCAGAAAAAUAGAAAAGGCUAGGUCCUAAUUUUUGCCCUCAAAAGGGCGCUAAAAUCGAAAUUUGAU